AUGGCGAGUGGAUUAUCUCAAUCUUGGCAAAGGUCAGACCAAAUUGCUGAGGAAGUUGAACGUCUGUGGGGUUGUUCGGUGGUUCAAAUUAAGGGUCAACGGGUGUAUGGACCUCGCCCAAGUUGGAGUGGACCAGUACCAAAGCGAGGAAGCGAGGUGUAUGUCGUAAAUCUUCCGCCAGACCUACUCGAGGAUGAGCUUCUACCAGUGAUGGAGCGCGCAGGACCUGUCUACAUGCUACGCCUCAUUAUGAACUUCUCCGGCGCCAACCGUGGCUACGCCUUUGUUACGUUCGCCUCUCCAGCAAUGGCGGACAGUGCAAUAAAGUUGUUAAACAAAACCGAAAUUCGUCCUGGGUGUUUCCUACGCAUUAAGCUGAGCAUAGAUAACAACCGGUUGUUUGUUGCCAACCUCCCGAGGAAAUUUACAGAAGAACAGGUGUUUCUAGAGAUGCAGCGACUGACGGUGGGAGUGGUGAAAGUUACCAUGCACCACGCCUCACUGGGGAGCAACUACGCCUACGCCUUCGUAGAAUACGAGAGUCACAGCGCGGCAGCUCAAGCCCGUCGUGACCUCUUCGUAGCCAAACUGACUCUAUGGGGGUCAGUUAGAAUCAUUCUCGAAUGGGCUAAACCGAAAAAGGACGACAACUGCAUCAUGAUGAGGAAGGUAAGGCUGUGA